CUAGGAGAUGUGAUGCUAUAGUAUAGACCGAGGAAAAUGAAAAUAAUGGCUUAUUGUAGCAUUUGAUAACUAUGGCCUUAAGAGUUGUCAUUUUUUUCUUAAAAUACAUUUCUGGUGUGCUACACUGUACUAAACAGUCCCAGUAAUGUGCAGCUUUGUUACACAGUGUCCCUGAAAACAUUUAUAAAUCUUGGCAAAUAUUCCUAAAGGCAUUGCUGUGUGAGAACAAGAUAGGGGAAAUCUGGCCUAGCACAGGGUUCAUUAGAAAACUAAGGGAUAAAAAAAAAAAAUAAUCUGACCUGCUCUCCCACAUUCCAAGGCUGGGUCCAUGGUGAGCUGAGCACUUACAUCAUAUACUGUAGCUAAAGUUGUUAAAACAGCAAUUAUGUCAACCAAGUUUCCAAUUGUCUGAGAAAGGUGUACUUUUUCAUUGCAGUCAUUUUUUUAGAAGCAGAAACAACGACACUAAUGCUUCUGAUUUUUCUCCUCUUAAGGGAAGUUGGAGUUGUUGCAGUGCAUUUGGAGCAAGUUCCAUUCACGGACACCUGUUGUGUAAUAGGUUUUCUGAGCAAUAUAUAUAUAUCUGGGGAUGGAGAGGUGGAUAUGAGUAUUGUACUUUGUAUCUCACAGACAGGUAGAGGAAGCUGACGCUCUGUGCCAGGACCAGAAGGGAAGCGCACAAUGCAGUGCAACCAGGAUAUGGACUAUUACAUGAGCCUGUGCCUUGCCAUUAUUAGCAUUCUCUUCCUGAUCAGACAGUUCACUUAUCCUGCUGCUUAUGGGAAACAUGUUGUCACUGGCAAGAAGCAAACUUAUUUCAUGGUCCCGGCAAAGUAUGGCUGGUUUAUCCAAGAGUUACCCUCCUUCCUGGUCCCGGUUGUCGUUAUACUUUACAGACAGCAAUGCAGCUCCCUUGGCUGCAAGAUGCUUUCAUUCAUGUUCUGCGGACACUAUUUCCACAGGACUUUUAUCUAUUCUGCUUUCACAAGAGGAAGACCAUCACCUAUACGCAUAGUUCUUAUGGCUGUUGUAUUCUGUACCUAUAACGGAUUUCUGCAAGGGCACUGUAUGAUUUAUGUAGCUACAUAUCCAAAAGAUUGGUGCAUGGAUCUACGAUUUCUAUCAGGUGUGUUAAUAUUCUGUCUUGGAAUGGGGAUCAACAUUCACAGUGAUCAUAUUCUACGCAAAUUAAGAAAACCCAGCGAGGUUGCAUACAAAAUACCCCAAGGAGGAAUGUUUAAUUAUGUAUCUGGGGCAAAUUAUCUUGGUGAAAUUGUUGAAUGGUUUGGAUAUGCUGUUGCAACGUGGUCACUGCCAGGAUUUGCCUUUGCUUUCUUUACCUUGUGUUGCAUUGGCCCACGGGCUUGCCAUCAUCACAAAUUUUACCUCCAAAGUUUUAAAGAUUAUCCACCAGAAAGGAAGGCUCUGAUUCCAUUUAUUUUCUAACUCAACGGAUGGGGGAAGAUUCAUUUUUUAAGUGUAAAGAAGACAUUUUAGGAGAUUAAGUGCUCUUCGCGGGAUUCUUAUUGCAUUUUUUAAUAUGUUGGAUAAACACACUCCUAGCUGUAUAUAAAGAUAUAUGUCUUCCAAUUUAAAUGUAUCUUUUUCUUAAAGCUUAUCUUUUUAUAUAUAUAUAUAUUUUUAAACUGAACCUUAUGCCACAUAUAAAUACAAUAUCAUUUAGUCAGACCUUCGUAAUGUGCCCAUACAUGCUUUGGCUUUGCAAGUUGUGUUUAAUGGGUGGUUCACUUUAAGUUAAUGUCUUGUAUGUUAUAGAAUGACUAAUUCUAAGCAACCGUUCAUUUGG